AUGUCCUCCAAGCGCGCUGCUCGCAAUGACCGCGAUGCCGACGGCGACAAGAAGGGCGGCGGUGGCGGCGGCAAGCAGCCUAGCUCCAAAGCUCGCGACCAGGAGUGGAAGAGGCAGCGUGGCGCUAUCGCAUGCGCGGAGUGUCGACGACUGAAGCUCAAAUGCGACAAGACGGUGCCCUGCACGUCCUGCAAGCGCAGAGGGACCGCAAGUAUAUGUCCAAACGGUAGUCUCGUCACCGGCCAGGGUACUCGCUUCGUCCUCGCCGAUACAGACCGUCUACAUGCCAAGAUCGUCGGAAUGAGCGACCGUAUACGACAACUAGAGGAAGCACUAUCAACCUUACAUGUCAACACGGACGAGCCGCAUCCUCUCCUUACACGCGACCUGUUGGAGGUCAAGUCUAUGAUCGAUCUACACUCCGCCGUUGACCGACCACCACCAGACGAGACUCAGCCUGACCCGGAUGAAGAUGCAAGUGAUGCGUUAGACAUCUUUGGCACGCUGGCCGUGCGCGAAGGCGGUGGAAGCACGUUCUACGGGCGCUCGGCCGGGCAGGAGAGCUUGCUCCUCGGCGAACAUGACGCUCAACCCGGCGCGACGCCACCUCCGCCCAGCGCGGGCAUGCAAGGCGCCGCGGGUGGACUCCCUCGCGCAGUCACGGAAUUAGCCGGCUCAUUUCCCGACGCGAGCACGCAGCACCUUGGACUGUAUACGCUCGAAAGUUACUUGCCCCCGUGGGACCGUGCACAAACGCUCUGCGCGCUAUAUCUGCAGCAGGCACCUUGGUUCUUCGGUGCGGUGCGCGAGCGACAGCUUCAUGAAGAGCUUCUCCCCCUAUUCUACGGCGAUGCCGAUUCGGCCGCGCGUUCGGCGGCGAGCGCAAACUUGCCGGCCGCCACGCCUCACGACCUCGCGCUCUUGUUCGUCAUCUUGUGCUAUGGCUCAUUGGUCGACGACAAUCUUCCACCUGCUCCUGACAACCAAGAGGCGGAUCGAUUCUACCUGCUCACCCGCGCGGCUCUCGCACUUGACCCUGUCACGGACCAUGCGCCAGCAGUCUCGACGGUUCAAGCUCUCAGCCUCAUGGCCAUCUACCAAGGGCUAGUGGCGAAUGAACAUUCCAUCGAGAGUACCUGGACCCUAUUCGGCAUGGCGACUAAGCUCGGGCAGAGCGUUGGGCUUCAUCGCGAUAGUGCGCGGUGGAAGCUCACGACUCAGGAAGUCCAGAAGCGAAGAUCGUUGUUCUGGGAGAUGUUCAUUACGGACUGCUGGCAGGCUCUCGCGACGGGUCGUUCUGCGACAUUCUCGUUGCCUUUCGUCGACUGUGAGCUGCCACAGGAUAUCGAUCAGACGCUGGACGCAGAAGGGCAACCGGUUGACUCAUUCCCACACUGGAAGGCACGUUGGGGAAAGGAGUGCGUCUCGGUCGUCGUGCAGACCAUCUUGACCGCACGUCCACCGAAAUACGAGAAGAUUGUCGAGCUUGAUCGCAAACUUCAAGGCAUGGCGCUUCCUGCCUACGCGACCUCUGAACCUCCCGAGGGCGCAUCGCUCUCAGUUCUCAUGCAACACUUCAUGCCGCAGAACUAUCGCGAUCUUACCUUGCUAUACGUUCACCGUGCCUACUUUGCUCAAGGCUUAGUAGAGCGCCCCUUGGACCCUCUUCGUUCAUCAUAUGCGCCUAGCAUAAUGGCCGGCUAUCGGGCCGCAGUCAAUCUGCUCACGAAUUUGCGCUCAGCUUUCGAGAAGCACCCGGCGCAGGUCGCACGCUAUUGGGUUCUUUGGACGCACAGCUUCAGCUCUGCGGUUCUGCUCGCGCUCGUGCCCGUGAGGGCGCCGCUAAGUAAGAUGGCGCACACCGCGUUGCUGGAAUUACAGGCGGCGAGGGAGCUGUUUGAGAAGGCGGCGCCGUAUGGAGGUAGAGCGCGGAAGAUGGCGCCCAUAGUACGUCGGCACUGGGAGAAGGCAACAUCAACGUUUCACUCCGUACGUUCUACCGCCGCAGGACACACGCCCGAGUUAUUCCCGCCCAAACCAUCGGACGAGUUCGCGGUCUUCUCUGGAGCCACGAGCACCGUGUCCGCGCCGGCACGGCCGGCUUUGCGGCAGGGCACGGCUGUGUAUGGCCAGCAAACCCAGAUACAGCAGUCGCAUUCUCAACAUUCCGACGGCGUCAGUCCUGUGAGCAUGGUGCUUGCAAGCAAUUCUUCUGGCGACCUUCUGGAUACACGUCCGGGAACGAUGGCAAGCCAGGACAGCGGAAGCGGGAGUGGGAGCCUGUCGGGACACGGCGAGAGUUGGGGCGACGCCGGCACGCAUGCUGCCAUCACGGAUCAGCUGGCGACGUUCAAUCACUCGCUCGAUGUUCAACUCACCGUCGCGCCGGCGCAGGAGUGGGCGCAAGGCGGGUACGGAGAGCUCGAUACGAGUGCGGGUGGCGCACAGGCGAUCUACUUCCCGCCUCCGCAGGGUUACUACCAACAACCUCAGCAACCGCAACAACCACAACAUCACGGGCAACAGCAAGGUUACCCUCCACAGCAACAGCAGAGUUACCCUGCGGCACAGCAGAAGAUCUAUCCGACGUCGCAGCAACAGCAGCAGCAGCAGCAGUACUAUGCGCCUCAAGCUCAAGUACCGUCGCAGAUGCAUCCUGUCGCCGGGCCGUCGCAUUCUCAUAUCGUGCCCUCGCACUCCCAGCCACACGUCGCUUACGGACAACCGUCCGAAUACGCUUCUCAUACCAUCCAUGCUCAGCAACAGCAGCAGCAACAUGCGCAGGCGCAGGCGCAGCAGUACUCGCAAGCCCACGUCCAGGCGGCACAGGCGUAUGCGUAUCAGCAGCAACAACAACAGCAACAGUAUCAGCAGCAGCAGCAAUGGGCGUCGGCGCCCGUCACUCCAGUCACGGCCCAGCCAGGCCAGGCUCAGAUGUGGGCCGUACGAGAUACACAGUCCCAGAUGCCGCCACCAUCGCAGGUGCCGCAGAUGCGCCCACCGAAUCCGCGCGCUCAGGACCGCCUUUUGCGACAAAGCGGCGAGUACAGCGUCACAGAUGCCUGGAUACAGCUCGGCAACUUGCAGUAG